AUGAAGGAGAACUCGACGUGGGCGUUCCUCGGUUUGCUUUUUGUUGGGCGAUUGACCCUUUCUAGAUACGAAGACCGUCCCUACCUCCCUCUCUCCCUCGCGCUCAGCAAGUGCAACUGCGCGAUCGAAUCGGCCAAACAAGAAGACAUCGCUCUGCACCAAGCCGAAAAAGAUCUUCUUUCUCGCCUGCCCCCAUCGCAGCGCAAAAAAAUCGCUUCGCUUUUACCGAUGGCGCGUCUCUUUGUGGACUAUCGCGAUCAUUUCCGAUACUCUCUGCUUCGCAUUCUCCUCCCCAUCCACCGCGCCAUUCUCCAAGUCGGAAGACAGCUGCAAUCGGGAGGGUGGAUCAAUCAGAUCGGCGACGUGAUGUACCUGCAGCUCGAUGAUUUGUUUUGGUACGAGCAGAGCACGCUCGCCGCUUCCAACUUCCGGUCCAAAGUCAGCGAGGCCAAAGAGCUCCUUCUCCAAGCGGAGCGUAUGGCGUUUCCUCGCGUGAUCGAAGGCCCGGAGUGCGCGAUGAUCACGCUCUCCAAGAAAUCGAUGCGAGGGCUGGAGAACUUACCUCCGAGUGUAAUUCGUGGGAUCCCAACAUCGGCUGGCGUAGCGGAAGGAAUCGCCGUGGUCGCGACCGACUUCCGCAGCACGGUGCUUCAGAAGGGAGAGAUCUUGGUGAUGCGCGCAGCGGAUCCUGGAUGGACGUCUUUGUUUGUGAAUGCAGGCGGCGUGGCGAUCGAAAUCGGCGGUCCGCUGACGCAUGGAAGCGUGAUCGCGAAGGAGUUGGGGAUUCCGUGCGUGUCGGGAGCGACGGGACUGCUGUCCAAGAUCAAGAGCGGGAUGAAGAUUCGUGUGGAUGGCACGCGAGGAAUCGUAGAGAUAUUAUUAUAG